AGCCUAUUUAAAAUGUUUAGCUUGCAUUUUGUGUUCAAUGAGAGUUAUGAAUAUUUACUUGUGUUAGUUUUAGCUUGUUUUAAAGUGUAAUAUGAACUUAUAUACCGCGCAAUAGCUUCACUUUUCUCAAAAUUGCAAGCUGAGUGUUGAUAGACCUACAUCUUCCAAGCCAAACGACGGUAACAAAGUUUUGUCAGUUUUCCGAACAGUUUUCAGGAGAAAUGUUUUUUUAUUCUGAAUACAUCAGCUGCAUAGUCACACCUAAAUCUGGAGAAUAGUAAUUGCGUGAUAUAAGCACCCACGGGAUAUCAGGCUAUUAAUUGAUAUUGUUUAGUAGCUUACAUUUGGACAUUCUAAGAAAUAGAAAAAAAUUGUAAACGCUUUAUAGUAAAUGUUCUAUCAACAUAAUAACAUUGUUACUGCAUAUUUAUAUAAAUAUGAAUUAAAUGAAUGUAAUAACAUCGUAUUUCAAGGUUAUUUCUUUUUGGAUGCGUGCAAAUUGGUCAAAAAUAAUAUUUUUAAAAAAUGAACAUAAAUACUUGUAUUUAAAUCAUAUAUAAAAUGGAAUCUCAGUGGCUUGCAGAUAAUAAAUGUGAUAACAAUGAUAAUGAUUUUAACGGUCCGAACGAGGUAAAUGUUAUUUCUAGGAUAGAGCAUAUUCAAGAUAUAGGCAGAAUAAACAGCGUCGGUAUCGGCGAUGGAUGCAGUGCAUUAAUAUCUGCCUCCCAGAACGGCAAUAACAAAGCGGUAAAAAAGUUAAUUCACAGUGGUAGUGAUGUGAAUGCGAUAGACAAUGCUGGAUGGAAUGCUUUAAUGUUCGCCUCACAAAAUGGUCACGACAAAGUAGCUGAAUCACUGAUAAAAAAUCGAAGUAAAAUAAACGAAGUGAAUGAAAGUGGACACACAGCCCUAAUGAUAGCCUCAUCUAGAGGACACGAGAGAAUUGUAAAAUGUUUGGCUACAUGUGGAGCUGAUUUGAAUGUUGUAGACAAUAAUGGAUGGAAUGCAUUGAUGAUUGUGUCAGCAAAAGGAAAUGCCAAAAUUGUAGAAAUGCUGAUAAACAUCGGAAGUGAUGUUAAUGCUGUUGACAAAAAUGGAUGGAAUGCACUAAUGUUUGCAAUUCAAUGUAAGCAUAUCAAUGUAGUGGAAAUUUUAAUUAAUAGCGGGUGUAAUGUAAAUGUAAUUAAAAAUGGAGAUGAAAAUCCAUUAGAUAUUGCUUAUCUAAAUAAUGAUAAAGAAAGUGGAGCAUUGAUUCUGGAUUGCAUGUGUAAUAAGAAUUCUCUUCCCGUAAACUUACACACAUUUUUAUUGGCAUCGUACUUUGGGCACGUAAAUGCUUUAGCCCUGUUAAUUAAGCAUAUACCUGACAUAAAUGAAAAAGGUGAUUUGUUAAAUGGAUGCAGUGCAUUAAUGUUAGCUUCCCACAACGGGCACACAAAAUCUGUUGAGCUGUUAAUAAGAAAUGGACUUGAUGUAAAUGCUGUUAAUGAAACUGGAGCCAGCUCUCUCUUGCUCGCUUCUCGCACAGGCCAUGAGUCCACUGUUGGGACGUUGAUAGCUGCUGGAUCUGACGUGAAUACUGUUGACAAAAAUAAAAAAACGGCAUUAAUGUUUGCAUCUGAAAAGGGGCAUCAAGGAGUUGUUGAUCUGUUAGUUAGUAGUGGGUGUGAUUUGUAUGCUACUGAUAAUGAUGGGUCUAACGCAUUGAUGUUUGCUUCGGAGCACGGUCACCAAAAUAUUAUAGAACUGUUGAUAGGUAAGAAAACUAUAAAUAAUGUUGAUAAUUAUGGACGUAGUGCUUUACUAAGGGCUUCAUCUAACGGACACGAAACAGUUAUCAACCUAUUGAUUGCAGGCGGUGGUGAUGUAAAUGCUCUUGAUAAUUAUGGAAAUAAUGCAUUAAUGAUAUCAUCUGAAAAUGGACACUACAAUGCUGUCCUACAGUUAGUUAACAGUGGGUGUGAUGUUGAUGCAGCUAACAAUGAUGGAUUUAACGCACUAAUGUUUGCGUCCGAACAAGGAAAUAAAACAAUUGCAGAACUGCUAAUAAAUAAAGGAAAUAAUGUAAAUGACAUUGAUAAAUAUGGACGCAAUGCUUUAAUGUACGCAUCAUCUAGAGGACACGAAACAAUUAUCAAGCUACUGAUUAAUGGUGGGGGUGAUGUGAAUGCUGUUGAUACGUAUGGAAAAAGUGCAUUAAUGUUAGCCACUGAAAAAGGACAUUGCAACGCUGUGGAAGUGUUAAUUAACAGUGGGUGUAAUGUUAAUUCUUUUGACAAAUAUGGAUUUAACGCAAUAAUGUUUGCCUCCUUAAAUUGGCAUGAAAAUGUGUUUAAAUUGCUAGUUAAAAGUUCAUGUUAUUUCGAUCACUACGACUAUAAUGGAAUUAAACUGUUUGAAAUGUGUUCCAACAUUCUGGAUAACAGUGACACGAACACGCAGGAAAACACGGUCGAUUUUCUUCUAAAAAUUGCUGAAAAUAAUUCGAAGAUUCUUAAAGAAAAUUUGACUUUAAUGAAAAGCCUUGAAACUCUACAAUCACGUGCCGUUAACAAAAUGCAGAGAAAGGUUUCUUGUAUUUUUUGGCAUGUUAACAAAUCUACUGUUUCUUUGGAUCCCAAUGCAGAUAAAUGUUUGGCACCCUAUGUAUCACCUAACUGGACGAGAAAUCAAACAAUGAUUGGACAGGGAGCAAGUGGAAGUGUUUUUAUCGUAGACAGGGAUGAUCUGGAUGCUGAUAUCAAACUUGCUGUCAAAGAAAUCUAUUACACGGAAUCAAAUAUCUCUAGGUAUUUAUCCGAAGUGGAUAUUUUGAUGAAGCUACAGCACACAAGAAUUACAAAUUUUUACGGCUUUGAGAUCAAAGAAAGUAGAAUAUAUUUAUUUUUUGACUACAUGUCACAGGGUUGUUUAUCAAGAUAUAUUACAAAAAACAACCCGCUUGAUGAAUCAAAAAUAUUCAAUUUUACAAAGCAAAUACUUGAAGGAGUUUCGUAUCUUCACAACUUUAAUCCACAAAUUAUACACAGAGAUAUUAAAGGAGCUAAUAUAUUACUAAAAGAUGAAAACUGUUUAAAGCUGGCGGAUUUUGGGUUGUCUAAACUUCUGGAGACAACUUCACCAAGAUCGGUUGUAGGGACUUCUAACUUCAUGGCACCGGAAGUUGUUUGUGGAGAUGAAAAAACAGUUUACACUCUAAAGGCUGAUAUUUGGAGUGUUGGCUGUACAAUUGUUGAAAUGACUACAGGAAAACCACCUUUUCCAGGAUUUUUGGAUGCACAAAUUGCAUACAGAUAUGGAAGAAGAAAAGGGCCUGUAUAUCAACUUCCAGAAAGUACAUCAAAAUCUUUGAAACUUUUAUUGGAUAAAAUGUUGAACAUGAAUCCUAAAAAACGACCAACUGCAGAUGAGGCACUUGAAUUAUUUUUUUAAAAUGGCGCUUUAAAUGUGUUGUUAUUUUUUACGUUUGUUUGACAAAACAACAUUAUGUUUUUACAAUUCAACAUAAUUUUCUGUAGGAGUUAAUCAUGUCGAUAUUUUAAAUAUAAUUUAUGUAGUUCUUUCAUGCUUUUUGGAGAUACGUUUUAAAUCUGUUUGUUUGCACGAAUUUAAAGAAAUAAACCGAGAGUGAUCUCCCCUAAACUUGCUCGAAUAUUCUUAUAUAACACUACGUGGGAUGGCAACUCGUGAUAUAGACAAUGUCUAUACCGUGUGUUUAAUUACUCUAACUUUUUUAAAAAGAAUAGAAUCUCGUAGAAAAAAAUAAUUGCGCACCAAGCGAACGCCAAACAAAAUUGCAUAAUAGUGCGGGAUAUUAUUAGUACUUUAUAAAUUUGCAUGCGUUUUUUGAGAAAACUGAAAUAUCGUAAAUUACUACUUCAUGUCAACGGAAAUUACUCAAAAUUUGAGAGAAGGCAGUAAUUAAAAAUGGAUAAAAUAUAUUGUCUAUAUCCCGUGUUGCCAUCCACCGUAGUGUUAUAUAACAAAAAUCGAAAACAUUUAGGGGAGAUUACUCCCGGUUUAUUCAUACACAUACUAAAUUUAAUUAAAAUUAUCUAUAGCCGUAAUUAAAGGACUGGUAUUGCGAUGAAAUUUCUAAAAGUUUUAAAUUUUAAAAUAUUUGACCCAACCAUAGGACAAUGAGUAAGCCUAGAUAUUUUGUUUAAAUAUCUAAACUGUAUUUCAAUGAGGCGGAUUUGGAUGUUGCUUUGAUGUAUUACAAGCUUUUAUUUUACUUGCUUCCUCGUGCUUAGUAAGGAAGACUGCACAUUCUGACUAUGUACAUGUUUUUUUUUAAAUAUUGUUAAAAAAAUUAUUUUUACUUUUUCUCUAUAAGAAACAUCGAUGAAGUAUUGAAAUCGUGCAAAAUUCGAAAUCGAGAUUUUCACAAAUCUCGGCGUUUAACGCCUCCCUAAGUCGGAAAAACGUAGUUUUGCAACUUUGUCUGUUUAUUUGUCUGUUGGUCUGUCUGUGAACAUGAUUAAUUGAGUACCGUUUAAUUUAUGUUGACGAAAUAGCAUGUAUAAGUUUUAUAUUAAAAUGUGUAGUCUUGUAUUAACUUUUAAACGAUUUCUGGUAACGGAAGUAGUACUUACUCUACUUCCGGUUUUUCAAAAGCCAAACCCUUGCUCAACGUUUAAGUUAAGAUAACAUUUUUUUAGAAAUAGUUAUACGAUUGUAUGCGCUUGUUUGUAUCUCAUUUUGAAUGAUGUUUUGGUAUCCGGAAGUGGUACUUCGCUCUAAUACAUGGGUUCCCAACCUGGGGGUCGCGACCCCCUUGGGGGUUGCAAACGUCAGAGACUUGAUCGAACAGAACGUUUUCACCAAGAAAACACAGCAUUAGUGCAAGCAUCAGAGAAGUAGUUUUAGAAAUUGCCAAGCAAAAAAACCUCUCACACAAAGGAGACAAUCUCAUCUUUACUGCACUGGAUUCCAGUGCAGUAAAGAUGCAACAAAUAUCUCUGUCUAAUAAUACUAUGCAGCGGCUUUAUGUUAAAAGACAAAUUUAGAAUGAAAUCAAGCUUUCGCCAUUGUUUGAUUUUCAAGUUGACGAAUCGACAGACGUAAGUUCGUGUUCUCAGUUGCUUGUCUUUGUGAAAUAUAUUCAUUCAGAUGUUAGCAUAUAAGAGUUGAUGUUUUGUGAAGAUAUCAUGGAGAAAAUAAAUACUUUUUUGAAACUGGAGGAUUAAAAUGGGAAAACGGCUGUGGGUCUUGUACAGAUGGUGCGUCAUGUUUCAGUACGCUGGUUUUCAAUAGGAAAUGUCAAUCGUGUUUUUGAAUUGAAAUCUGAAAUCAAAUUGUUCUUGGAAGUGC